AUGUUUGGUGCUCAGUUGCUUCAUAAAGGUCUUGUAUGGAGGCUUGGAAAAGAAGAUAAGGAUACAAAGAAACUUAGAGGUUUGCUUCCGGAGAAGUGGGUUCAGAAAGUUAUUGGUUGCCCAGCUGAUUUUGGGGGUCUUUUGGAAGACUGCCAGAUUUGGCAACCUACUUCUAAUGGGAUUUUUUCUAUUAAGUCUACUUACAAUAUGAUGUUUAAGAGAGCUGAUUGGUCGAUCCAUUGGUGGAAAGAAAAAAUCUUGACUAAUGAGCAACGGGCUCGUAGGCAUCUAGUUUCUGAUCCUACUUGCAACAUCUGUGAUUGCCCUACUGAAUCUACUUUGCAUAUAAUGUGUGAUUGCCCAAGAGCUAAAAGAGUGUGA